GUUUAGGUUUGUGGUGAACAUUGUUGAUGACUCAAGUAAUGCAUCACUUCUAUUAUGGGACAGAGAAGUGGUUCAACUUAUUGGAAAAAGGGUCAGUGACAUGAUAGGGAGUAAUAUGGAGAAUUCUGUUAUGGAGUAUCUUCCUAAGAAAAUUGAGGAGCUUUUGUUGGGGAAAGAAAUUUUGUUUAAGAUUCAAAACAAGAAUAGCAAGGAAUUUUACCGUAGAUAUCCAUAUACGGUUAACAAGAUUUGUAAUAUUCCAGAAAUUGUUGAGAAAUAUGUUCCUAAGAAUAUUGCUUCACAAGUUCUCAAUACCGAUGUCAAGCUUGCUGAUUUACUCUUUGGAGCUGAUAUUGUUGAGGUAUGUAGCAAAGAAUUUGUCACUCCUGAUUUCUCAACUGUUACUAAGCAAAGUGGUUAUGAAAACAUCGGUGAAGGAAGUGUAAAGCGAUGUUUGUUAGAUGAAUUUGAUGCAGAGGAAGUAAUCUGUUCUGAUAAGAUCAAGAAGAAAAUGAAGAAGGUGAAUGUCAUUGAAGAUGAUGAUUAUGAGGAAGCAAUUAGCUACACUCAGGAUUUAUCUGGUGCUGAUUAAUUGAAGACAUGUUUUAAGUUCUUAACUGUUUUAAGUUAGUUGAAGUGUUUUUUGAACUUAUCUGAACUUCUAUUUUGGUUAGUUGGUUUAGUUGGUGGAUUGUUAGUGGACUAUCUUACAACUCUUAUCAGUUCUGUGUUCUUUUGGUAGUUCUUUGUAAUGAUGGUUUAUGUCUUUUUCAUCACUUUUGUAUCUUUUUGUUGCAUUCCAGUGGGGAUGUAGGAUAAGGCAUUCUGAUUUUUGUUUAAUCAAGAGAAAGAUUUUGCA